AUCCACAGCAUCCUACAAGAGAAGGACAAACUCCAGGUGCAGCAGCUGAUAUCUGUGUGACUGUUAAAGAUGGAGUUUAUUAAAGAGGAGAUUGAAGACACGAGUGAUCCAGAACCACCCAGAAUAAAACAUGAAGAUACUGAGGAACCAACAGGCUGGAUAGAAGUAAAAAGGCAAAGACAUGAGGUGAAUGAAGUGGAGGAGGAACACUAUAAAAUCAAAACUUCAAGAAAAAAAGCAAAACAGCUGCACACCUGCUCACAGUGUGGAAAGAGUUAUGCUGGAGCAUCAAGUCUCAGUUAUCAUCUGCACGUUCACUCUGGAGAAAAGCCUUUUAACUGUGAUCAGUGUGGUAAAAAGUUUAUUACAUCAUCACAACUAAAAAUCCACUUGAUAAUUCAUUCAGAUGAGAAGCCUCAUGUGUGUUCUUACUGUGGAAAGAGUUUUUUAUGGCUGAGCAGUUACAAACAUCAUCAGAAAACACAUAAUGAUGUGAGAGAUCAUGUGUGUUGUGAGUGUGGGAACAGCUUUAUCACAGCUGGUGAUCUGAAACUGCAUCGAAGAAUUCACACCGGAGAAAAACCUCACAAGUGCUCAUAUUGUGACAAGAGUUUCGCUCAGUCUGGAAACCUGAAAGCACAUGAAACAACACAUACUGGAGAGAAGCCAUACUACUGUACUCAGUGUGGAAAGGGUUUUACUGCAGCAUCAAGUCUCAGUUAUCAUCUGCGCGUUCACUCUGGAGAAAAGCCUUUUAACUGUGAUCAGUGUGGUAAAAAGUUUAUUACAUCAUCAAGUCUUAAAAAACACCUGACAGAUCAUUCAGAUGAGAAGCCUCAUGUGUGUUCUUACUGUGGAAAGAGUUUUUCACAACUGAAGCACUGUAAACAGCAUCAGAAAACACAUAAUGAAGUGAGAGAUCAUGUGUGUUGUGAGUGUGGAAAGAGCUUUACUAAAGCUGGCAGUCUGAAACAGCACCGAAUGAUUCACACCGGAGAAAAACCUCACAAGUGCUCAUAUUGUAACAAGAGUUUCACUGUGUCUGGACACCUAAAAGUACACGAGCGAGUUCAUACUGGAGAGAAGCCGUAUCACUGUACUCAGUGUGAAAAGAGUUUCACUAAGUCAGCAGCUCUAUUGACUCAUAUUAAAAAGCAUUUCUCUGUGUUAGAGUGAGCAAAUAUUUUCUACAGAUCCAAGGUUUGUUGCAUAAACAUUUUCUUAGAUAUCUAUUUAUGCAUUUCUCUGCAACAUAAAAGUUGCAUAUGCUCUGAAUAAUGAUGCAAAUAAAUUUUCUAUUUCAGUGACUUCUCUUAUUAAGUGUGAUAAAUUAUAAUAAAUUAUUAUGGAAUAAUUUACAAAUCUCAUAAACUUAUAUU